CCUGUAUGCUGGAAUAUUUCACGAAUGUUCAUAAAUUCUGGGUCAGCAUUAUCAUUGUUAUCGGCAAUUUGUUGUCAUUUUACCGCAUAAAUCAAUGGGAAAAAUUGCGAUGGAGAAAACUUGGCAAUGGGCACGGAAAACCAUUGCCGCGUACUGGACAUGAACCAGCCUACCAGCUGUGCGAAGCCCUGACGGACUUCAUACCGGGAUAAUCGUGUGCGUGUCAGGUUACAGGAAUAAAAUAUACGGAAAAUAAGUACGUUUGAAAAGAUAAAAACAAAAUCUGAUAAAGAAAAUUCUUGUUAAAAUAUUUGAUAAAUCAUUCUUAUCAUAAACCUGUGUAAUCGGAACAUAUCAUAUCAUAUACUUAAAAUACAUUCCAAUGAUAUUACAACAAGUAAUAGGGUAUAAGUGCUUGAUUUAUUUUCAUAGAAAUUACAGUUUGAUACAUAUAUCUGUAGAACAGACGGAAAAGUAAUAACAGUGAUUUUUGUGUGUAGUGCUGUUUGUUGUAUAGCGAAAGUUGGCCGUGUUUCAUAGCGAAACGUUUCUUCCAAUAGGAGCACGGAGAGAUAGGACUAUACAAUAUCAAAGAACAUUUGUGAGAUUCAAUAUUCACUCGUUAAUCAAUGGAUAUUCUUUAUAUAAAGCUAUCGAAACCGCAAUGUAAACAUGUUCGUUUCAAUACAGUUAAUGUGAUUGCAAAAUAUGAUCGUAAGAUAAACUGUGAGGUAGUUAGUUUCGGUUAUAACGUUGUGCAAAACACUGAAAAAGUAAAACGGUAAAAAUGGCGCUUACGGUAUUAGCACACCUGUGUAUUUUCGGCGCUGUGUUACUGGCAAUGGAGUGUUAUGCGAAUGACGAUGCUAAACGAUUAUAUCAUGAUCUUUUAAUUCAGAAUAAAUACAACAAACUAAUACGACCAGUCGGUAAUAACACAGACCGCCCACUGACUGUGAAAAUGGGAAUCCGACUUUCACAGAUAAUUGACGUGGAUGAGUUAAAUCAAGUAAUGACGACAAAUGUAUGGAUUAGACAGGAAUGGUACGACUAUAACUUAAGAUGGGACCCUCAUAAAUAUGGCGGUGUGGACAGGCUGUAUAUUCCUUCCAAACUGAUUUGGUUGCCCGAUAUUGUUUUGUACAAUAAUGCUGACGGACAUUUCGAAGUUCAACUAUUUACAAAAGCAACUUUAUUUUAUACUGGUUUAAUAGUUUGGGAACCUCCUGCUGUCUACAAAAGCGCUUGUAUAAUGAACGUAGAGUUCUUCCCUUUUGAUGUUCAAAAAUGUGGACUAAAAUUUGGUUCAUGGACAUACGAUGGUUUUGAAGUUGAUUUAGUACAUGUAUGCGCUAAGGACCAAGAUUCAACUGAAGUAAUAGAAAAUGGAAUGGACUUCAGUGAAUUUUAUCAAAAUGUAGAAUGGGAUAUUUUAUCUGGGACAGCAAAGAAAAGUAUCAAAAUAUACAUAUGCUGUAUUGAACCGUAUCCUGAUUUAACUUUCUUCAUCACAAUGAGACGGAAGACAUUGUUUCAUACAGUGAACCUCAUCCUUCCAUGCGCAGUAAUUUCAUUUCUGACGGUUCUUGUGUUUUAUUUACCGUCAGAUAGUGAAGAGAAAAUAACACUGUGUAUAUCCGUACUACUUUCUUUAACAGUGUUUUUCUUAUUACUGACAGAAAUCAUUCCGCCAACGUCCAUUGUCAUUCCGUUGAUAGGAAAAUACUUAUUGUUUACUAUGAUUCUUGUAACAUUAUCUAUUAUUGUGACAGUUUUAAUCCUUACUAUACAUUUCCGGUCACCUGCAACGCAUAAAAUGUCAAACUGGACUCGCACUGCGUUGUUACGUAUACUACCAAAAAUAUUAUUUAUGCGUCGACCAAUUAUGAAAAAGCACAAACGGUCCAAGUGUAAUGGCGUGAGUUCUAAAAUUUCCCCAAUAAGAAGAAGUGGUGUCAGCUUUGUGCGAACUGGCGAGAAUCACAUAUACGAACGUGCUUCACAAAGCUCCGAUGAAGAACCAGGGACUGGUCGGCGUGACAGCAUACUUCCUCAAUCAAUAGAACAUGUCCUAUCAGAUGUUAAGUUUAUUUCCGAUCAUCUGAAAGAAGAAGAUGACUAUUCUUCGGUUAUUGAAGACUGGAAGUUUGCUGCAAUGGUUCUGGAUAGAAUGUUCUUCUGGGUAUUCACCACCGCAUCGCUCAUCGGGACGUUUGGAAUUUUGUUACAAGCGCCUACGAUCUAUGACGAUAGAGAGGCAUUAUCAGCCGAAAAUGCAAAAGGUGGCCUGUGCUAGAAAAGAAACGAAAUAAAAGAUUUUUCAUGAGUUAGUUAAAGGGCGCUCAUAUACAGUUCAUGUUUUAUAUGUGCAGUCAAUGUGAAAAUAGAUAUUUAAUCCCGUAAAGUUUAUACAGAUAAAUAUAUAAAUACACUAUGACAAAUAGAUACUGAUAGAAAUCUCCAAGAAACUUAUCUUUAUGAUCAUAUAAUGUUAACAAUAAUGAGUAGUUUAUAUUGAUUUUCUUAUUGAUAUUUUCUAUCAAAUUAGUAUUACCUUAGCAUUAAUCAACGGAUUUUGAAAUGGCUUUAUGUAUGCCUAGCCAUUUCAUAAAAACUUACUUUAGUAAAUUUCAGACGAAUAAGUAAGAUAACCUUUGAGUUCGUUCCUUUAACUUGUUUAUUUCCAUGGACAAAUUGAGCCUUAAAUCAUAGCAACUUUUACGCUUUAAAUUUCAUUAUCAUGUAAAUUGACAUUUAAAGUAUCUUAUCUAAAAUGAUUUGACAUUUAAGUAAUACUUACAAAAUUCGAUUUUUGUCGAUUUCAUUUGAAAUAAGAGUAAUUGCCUCAGACAUAAAGCGGAUCAUAAUAAUUGUAAUUUGUUUUUAUAGCACAGUAUAGAAUGAUUUUUAUCUUCAUUUAAUAUUUGCUUUUUUUGGAUGCAGAAAUUUAGCUGAUGAAAUAAAAUUCUUAGAUUUUUGUUGAAAACAAAUAUGAGAGAAUCGCAUCUUAAAUGUAUCUGUAAUUUAUAAAGGAAAGCUUUUACUUAUAUUCAAUUGACACGCUAUCACUAUUAAUCAUAAACUUGCUGUCAUUUUUCUGACACAUGUAUAUAAACGGUUUCUUAUUUAUCAGUCUGCAAACUGAUUGUAUGGGUCGGCUACAUCCUUAUAGUGGGAUCAUUUUACAUAAAUAUUACUUCCCGUCUAGUGUGGGCAGUUCCUAUGUAUUAAAUGUAGUUCAUUAUUUUGUUACACAGUUACUGUUUAAAAUAUUUCCAUUAUCUUUCGCAUACUUGAUAAUAUUAGCCGUGUCACGACAAAACCAACAUAAUGGGUUUGCGACCAGCAUGGACCCAGACCAGCCUGCGCAUCCGCGCAGUCUGAUCAGGAUCCAUGCUGUUCGCUUAAAAACUAUAUGACAAGUAGAGAAACUGAUAGCGAACAGCAUGGAUCCUGAUCAGACUGCGCGGAUGCGCAGGCUGGUCUGGAUCCAUGCUGGUCGCAAACGCACUAUGUUGGUUUUGUCGUGACACGGCUUAAUUAUGUUUGUUCUGUUUGUAUUAUAUAGUUGAAAUAAAACAUCUGAUUUGCUUUUAACAAGAAAUAGCAUGUUUUAAAUGAUAGUAAAGAGUCCAAGUUAUGUUUUUUUAAAAGAAUGUAUGUUCAGACGAGUCUUUAAUAAUCAAGCAAAUGUGUUUUACCACAAGACGUUACUCUUCCCCGCCCCUCACCCACAUAGCCUACCCAGACAUAUAAUGCCUUACCCUCUAAACAUUCUUCUGUAGAUAAUAAUUUUUUUAUAUGAAUUAAAAGCUAGCUCAUAUGGCAUAAAAUAUAUGUAGUAGGUGAUGUUCGUAUAUUUUUUAUCAUACCAUGCAAUGUAUAGAUAAUGAUCAUGUUGUAAGAUUAAACGAUUUUAUUUUU